AUGUCUUCGAAUAGUAAAUGGCGGGCUGGUUCCUUCGGGGUCCGUCCUGUGCGUGUAGCCAACUGCUCCGGCUACCAUGGAGAUCCGGCGAGGGAAAUGUACAAGCAGGCUUCUCUCGGCGAGGUCGACUUCAUUACCGGGGACUAUCUUGCUGAGGUCAACAUGGCCAACAACGCGGAAGCUUUCGCUCAUGGAAAACAUCCAGGAUACGAAGAGACAGCCUGGACUGGCCUGCAACAGACAAUCGAUGUCAUCGCCGAGAAGCGUAUCAAGGUUGCCAUCAACGGAGGAGCACUCUGUCCAGAUGGCCUCGCUCUCAAAGUAGCCAGCCUGGUCAAAGAGAAAGGUUACAACUUGAAAGUUGCUUCAAUCUCUGGUGACAAUCUGCUCGGCAAACUCGACAAGCAUAUGCCUGCGCGAAAAGAAGAGGCACUUGCCCAUCUUGACUCGAUCAACCCCAACGUCAAGUUAUCUUCCGAAUCCUUUUUGUUCGCUAGAGAGAAUGUCGGCCUCCCAGAGAUUGUGUCUGCCAACGCUUAUCUGGGUGCCCAUUCCAUUUUCGAGGCUUUUGAGAAAGGCGCCGAUAUCAUCAUAUGCGGGAGAGUUUCCGACGCAAGCCCCGUGAUCGCCUGUGCCUGGUACUGGUGGUCUUGGAGCAUCACAUCCUACGACGAAUUGGCUGGAGCCCUCGUCGCCGGCCACUUGAUCGAGUGCUCUGCCUACGUUACUGGAGGCAAUUUCGCAGGCUUCGAUUCUUUCCCGACUGAUUCCUUCGUCGACCCUGGCUUCCCAGUUGCAGAAAUUGCUAAGGACGGAUCAUGUGUUAUUACCAAGCACCAUGGCACCGGUGGCAUGGUCACGUUGGACACUUGCAGGUCACAGCUGCUGUACGAGCUCCAGGGCAACGUCUACCUCCACAGUGACGUGAAGGCAUACUUGGACGAUGUCGUGGUGGAACAAGUAGGGCCUGACAGAGUCCAUGUUUCCGGAAUACGCGGUGCUCCGCCGCCACCCACCACCAAACUUGCCAUCUUUUACAAGGGUGGCUAUGAAAUACAGGCGCUGAUCAACGCUACGGGGUACGCAGUUGAUAGAAAACUUGAGCUCUUCACCAAGCAGAUUCGAUACUACCUCAGCGACGACGCGUCGAGGCGACUUGACUUUCUUGAAUUCCAGCCGAUUGGUGUCCCGGCAACAAACCCUUCUAAUCAGAACAGUAGCACUGUUUACUUCCGUGUCUUCGCUCAAUCAACCAGCGCCGAGUCUCUGUUGGCAAUCGGGGCUUCUUUGCGCGAUAUAUCGCUGAAGCACUUCUCUGGCUUCCAUAGUUCAUUGGAUAUGCGCACGAUGAUUCCAAGGCCUUAUCUGGCCUAUUAUCCUGCCCUCUGGCCUCAAUUUGACCUCGAAGAACGGGUUCAUAUUGUAUCGGAAGACGGCAGCCUCGAGUCUUUUGACACUACAAGGCCUCCGAUGUUCGAAACCCUUGGUGAGCGCGAAUCUUAUGACACAAAGAUGCCCGUCGAAAUCAAGGGUCAGCUACGCAAGGCUCGGCUUGGUGACAUCGCCCUCGGCCGCUCCGGGGAUAAAGGUGCCAACUUAAAUUUUGGCCUCUUCGUUCAUACUCUGGAGGAAUGGGAGUGGCUGCGCUCCUACAUGUCCCGCGCGCGGUGUCAGGAGCUGCUGGGGGAAGACUGGCGGGAUGACUUCGCCAUCGAGCGGGUUGAGUUUCGCAAGAUCUUUGCUGUACACUUUGUCGUAUAUGGUAUUCUCGGUCGCGGCGUCAGUAGCUCAAAGCGGCUUGACGGAUUUGGGAAGGGCUUCAUCGACUAUUUCCGAGACAAGGUCGUUGAGGUUCCGGCUUCAAUUCUGACAUGA